GAGCUGCUCACUGUGGGUUUCUGCUUCCAGCAGCCGUCCUGUUUUCUCGCUCCGUUUCUUCUCCAGUUGAGUUCUGCGCUUCGGCUCUCCAGCCCAAGUUUACGCACAGGGAUGCGGGCGUGCAGAGUGGCCUGAAGAUGGCUCUCGUUAGGAUUUAUUCAUUUUUGAUUCCUUUUCACUUAUUAGUGUUGGGUCAAGCCUUAAGGAAUUAUCCAGAUAAUGAAGUUACUUUGCUUGAUUCGAUGUCCGCCCCAGGUGAUCUGGGUUGGGAAGCGUAUCCUCCAGAGGGGUGGGAAGAGAUAAGCGUCAUGGAUGAACGCAACAUUCCCAUGAGGACGUACCAGGUGUGCAACGUGAUGGAGGCCAAUCAGAACAACUGGUUGCGCACUGGCCUGAUCCAGCGUGAGGGCGCCCAGCGCGUCUAUGUGGAAAUCAAGUUCACUCUACGGGACUGCAAUAGCCUGCCAGGUGUUCCUGGCACCUGUAAGGAGACCUUCAACGUGUACUAUCACGAAUCCAACAACGCUGUCGCCGCCCCACUGCGCCACAUACGCGAGAGCCAGUACGUCAAGAUUGACACUAUUGCGGCCGACGAGAGCUUCACGCAGACCGACGUUGGGGAUCGUGUCAUGAAGCUAAACACUGAAGUGCGGGACAUCAGCAGUCUCACUAAGAGGGGCUUGUACCUUGCGUUUCAAGACCUGGGUGCUUGCAUUGCUCUGGUGUCUGUUAGAGUUUUCUAUAAGCGCUGUCCGCUAGCCGUGCUCAACCUGGCCCGGUUCCCGGAUACGGUGACGGGCGGAGAUUCAGCGCUGGUGGAGGUGCGUGGCUCUUGCGUGGAGGAUGCGGAGGAGCUGGAGGCACCACGGAUGUUCUGCAGCGCUGAUGGAGGUUGGCUGGUGCCCAUCGGACGGUGCGUCUGCCGUCCAGGCUUCGAGGAGGUGGACGGUCACUGCCAGCCAUGUCGGUCAGGCUUCUACAAAGCUUCUGCGAUGGAUGCAUACUGUGUAAAGUGUCCCCCGCACAGCUACUCCCAUCAGGAUAAGGCAUCCGAAUGUGUGUGUGAGAGAGGCUUUUACAGGGCAGAGAUGGACUCGCGCUCUAUGCCUUGCACGAGGCCGCCCUCAGCACCCGGCAACCCGGUUUCCAUGGUGAACGAGACGGCGGUUACUCUCGAAUGGAGUCCUCCUCGUGACAGCGGUGGCCGUGGAGAUGUCACCUACAGUGUUCACUGCAAGAAGUGCUCGGGUGAAACGAGCGCCGGUCGAGACGGCGAGAGGUGCGUUCCCUGCGGAAACGGUCCACGCUUCAACCCGAGGCAGUUUGGCUUGAUGCAUCCCAGAGUUCUGAUCACAGAACUGCAGCCCCACACAAAUUACACCUUCAGUAUAGAAGCCCUUAAUGGAGUCUCGGAUCUCAGCCCCAGUCCACGCCAGCUGGUGUUGGUGAACGUCACCACCAGUCAGACAGUAAGUGUCAUCUUAAAGGAAAGAAAGGGCACCGACAGUGUAACGCUGGCAUGGAAGGGUCCAGAACCUUCUGAUGGGACUGUGGUGGAAUAUGAGGUCACCUAUUAUGAAAAGAACCAACAAGAUCAGAACUACACAGUGCUGAAGACCAAAUCGAACAGCAUGACGGUGGAUGGACUCAAGCCAGGAACCACAUACGUUUUCAGGGUUCGAGCCCGUACAGAUGGUGGCUAUGGCAACUACAGGGGGGAGAUAGAGUUGGAGACACGCCAUGAAGACAUGUUGGCGGUCGGAGACCCCAACCAGCAGACUAUUCUUGCUAUUUCUGUAGCUGGUGGUGCAGUCCUGCUGGUCUUACUGGUGGCUUGUUUUGUCGUGAGUGGACGGCGCUGUGGAUACAUUAAGGCAAAGCAAGACCCAGAGGAAGAGAAAAUGCAGUUUCAGCACGGACGAGGCAAGCUUCCCGAAACCAGGACGUACAUUCACCCGCACACGUACGAAGACCCAAACCAGGCGGUGCGAGAUUUCGCCAAAGAGAUUGAAGUCAACAACAUCCGAAUCGAGAGAGUUAUCGGGGCCGGCGAGUUUGGAGAGGUGUGCAGUGGGCGUCUGAGGUUGCCCAGUAAGAGGGAGAUCCAGGUGGCCAUCAAGAGUCUAAAAGCCGGAUAUUCCGAGCAGCAGAGACGAGACUUCCUGAGUGAGGCCAGUAUCAUGGGCCAGUUUGACCAUCCCAACAUCAUCAGACUGGAAGGAGUCGUCACCAGAUGUAAGCCUGUGAUGAUAGUGACCGAGUACAUGGAAAAUGGAUCUCUGGACACGUUUUUGAAGAAACACGACGGGCAGUUCGCAGUGAUCCAGCUGCUGGGAAUGAUGCGAGGCAUAGCCGCGGGGAUGCAGUACCUCUCCGAGAUGAACUACGUGCAUCGAGAUCUGGCAGCGCGGAACAUUCUGGUGAACGGAAACUUGGUGUGUAAAGUGUCUGAUUUUGGGCUGUCGAGGGUGUUGGAGGAUGAUCCCGAAGCGGCGUACACAACACGGGUACGACAAAUAAAGAACUUCUAUGUUUGUCAUCCAAAUUUGCUGUCUGUGUUUAACCCUGUUUAUGUGGGAUUGUUCCCUCAGGGUGGAAAAAUUCCCAUUCGAUGGACAGCCCCCGAGGCCAUCACGUACAGAAAGUUUACGUCAGCUAGUGAUGUCUGGAGUUACGGCAUUGUCAUGUGGGAGGUGAUAUCCUAUGGGGAGCGACCGUACUGGGAAAUGUCCAAUCAGGAUGUAAUAAAAGCUACAGAUGAAGGCUACCGGCUCCCGGCACCGAUGGAUUGUCCCGUUGUGCUUCACCAGCUCAUGCUCGACUGCUGGGAAAAGAGCCGCAAUGAUCGGCCGAAAUUCGGGCAGAUUGUCAACACUCUGGACAGGCUGAUCCGGAACCCGAGCAGCCUGAAGCAGCUGGCCAACACUUCAGUCUGGGAGGACCCAGUAACCCCUGAUGCUGGGGUCAGCACAGUAGGAGACUGGCUCGACUUAAUAAAAAUGGGCCAGUACAAGGAACACUUCUCCAGCUCCGGCUACGUUACCCUGGACUCUGUUUUGUACCUCAGUGUCAGUGAACUGGAUAAGAUGGGAGUAGCGCUGGCGGGCCAUCAGAAAAAGAUCCUUUCCAGUGUCCAGUGUCUUCAAGCACAGCAGGUGCAAGUAUAGCCCCCAACACCCUAGACCCAUUCCUCUUCCAAUGAGGAGAUCACGAGCGUUUGUGCCACACGGAGGCAUCUUGACUCUGUCUCAUCUCUACCAGCACUAAAGUUUAUUAGCCCUGAGAGAAAGGGCCCUACAAUACCUUCCUCAUGUAAUCAGCAAGCAUCCAGAAGUGUUCUGAGAUGGGAAAUCGCUCUCGAUGCUCGGAGAUUGUCGACAUUCACACCACUUAGAAGUUGAGAUCUUUCGAUCAGCGGGAAAGCGAGGACGAGAACCUACACCAUGUGACAUCACAGCACUGUGAACAUCACGCUCCACUCCUCAUUGUACAGAAGACCUUGAAGAAACACCGACUGUGUCUUGUGAAUCUUUAACUGUUUUGCAAGCGAUGCUUUUUAUAUGAAUGCGCCGUUGAACGUGUUGGACUGAACCCGGAACAGGAGGGAUUGGUAGUUGUUCUUUAAAAUGUCCUUGCAGACUUGUGUACAUGGUUGUAGUUUAGACAUGCUCUGAAAGACUCGUCAUUGUUCGCAUAAAGCAAUGAAGCACUGAUUUCUCUUCCACAACCAUGCAGUUUUAUACAGAACACAUUUAUACCAGAGACGCUCCUCAACCCCCGAAAUCUGCUCUCGGCAGCAUCUGUGAAAAAUGUCACACGCAGUGGCGCAUUUGGAGACCCCACCUCUUCAAGUUCUUGACAUCUGAAUUCUUAGGAAAAGAUAUUCUUCCUUCACAGACUCAAGAGGACAGAUGGUCGAUGUCAAAAAGAGGGCACAAUUGAGAACUCGAAUAAGAUCUUUCGUUCACGGUUGCUGCAACUUCUACUCGUCUUUUUCAACACGGCGAUGUUUGAUGUGGCUUUUCUUCUAAUUUCAUCGCAUAUUUCACAUCAUCAUUCUACGCCUCGUUGCUUUGAUGGAAUAAGGUGACGGGAAUAGUUUUGUGCGUUUAAUCAGGGGGACGGCAUCCCUAAAUCGUCCUGGUGUUGAUGGAGACGCACGCACAUGGUGAACUGUAGAACGUAUAUUUGUCUUGGAUCCUGUUUAGUGUCGAGCUCCACUGGUUACCGAGCAGUCGGCACCUUUAUAUUACAUUUCAAUAUGGUCUUCUAAUGACCGGAGAGGUUUAAACAUAAAAUUUCCAUAUUAUUUCAUAUUGUAAAAAGUGUCAGUAAUAUUUCCAUGUUGCUGGUACUUUAAAAGUAAGACCAUAUUCUGCUUUAUCUUCCCAUGUGUAUUGACAGUGCUUUGUUUUGCACUCUGAAAUGGCUACGUGUAACAGUAAUAAGUAGCGAAGAUUGUGCGGCGGUAGAAAUUGAGAUUUUGUACAGUGUUGGUUAUUGUAUUUGUACAGUAAUGACUUAGUGUUUCAAAGGUUCUGUCAGUUGUAAAUUAAGUUCAUAACUCUUAUAUUAUACCUUCAACUUUAGCUUUGGACACACAAGGAUUGUGAGGCUGUAGAAUGUAACGGAUAAAUUAGCUUUAUGGUGUUGGGAAAAAGCUAAGCAUUCUCAGGAUUUUUAUUUUUCACAGAUACACGCUUCAAGAUGGCAGAAACUGACAGAUCAUCAGCUGUUCUGUCGCGAUGGGUUCACUUUUUGUUUUAAUUUCAGCCUUUUUAUUUAUGUUACUACACAUCAUUGCAUUGCGCACCAUUUGGGUACUGUAAAACAGUAUUAAUAGCACAACCCUAGCUCUGGUUAGAGAUACUGAUACAGAUGUUUUUUUCAACGUUGGAAUACGUUUAGACAGCAAAACUGUCUAAAGCAGCGUUAAACUUUCCUUUUGUGACUCUCCAAGUUUUCCUUUGGAGUUCAUUUGAAUUGAAAAGAUAAUGAAGAAUGUGUAUUUCUUCGAAUUAGGUUCAAUAUUUAUUGAUGAAAAAGUCAAGGUUGUUAUCAUAAGGCACAUCUUCUCUGUCCUGUACUCAUUUUUUAAUUAAAAGCUAAUCGUCAAAUUACUGAAACAUAUGUGCCUGUUCAAAUCUAUAAUUUCACAUGCGGCGACAAUAACAGUCAAUAAUUUAAUGAGCCAUUCUAGCUCAAAACUAACAACACUGAUGGAGCACAAUUCAUUCCUGAAUUUAUUUAUUUUUCAUUAAUUUUUUUCUAAGUCGCAACAGUAACAAAUAUCCUAUCCACACAAACUCUUACAGUUCAAUGCAGUAAACUUAUUGUUUAUGUCUUGGAAGUCAACGUUUUAUGUUUGAUUUUUUCAAAUAAUGCAGUUCUUUGUGUUUCAUUCUGAUGAUAUCAUACAGUUCACACACUGCCGGUUGCUGGGUUACCUGCACGUUGCAUCAGGACCACUCAGUCCAGUCCUCGCACCAUCAUGUCCUUAUAUACUGUAAAACCUUAUUCACCUAACUCCACUUAUUGGUGUGUUUAUUAGGGAGACAUCUACAACAAUUGUGAGAGUAGAUGAUAUGCUUGCUUUAAAAUCCCUCUUGCGGUACUGUUAUGUCACACGGCGAUCGGUCUGCGCACCGCCGCAUGAAGUUGGACAAGCCUAUUUUGGGGGGAGGUCGACAGCUUGAAUCAGGUGUUUGUAUACUGUAAAACAUCUAAAAAAAUGGACUGGAAUGGAGUUACACUAGCUUAGACAUUUCAGUCGAUUUAAACGCAGUAUUUAAAUAUCGAUAGCCAGGUUUGUACAUCUCAGCAGUCACAGAGUGUAGUGCUUUAUGGAAUAUAUUUAAGAUUGGAUGUCAUCAGUUAAACUGAGAAGUCUUAACAGCAGUAUUAGAAGUGUGUUGGAUUAUUUUGCAAGCAGUCUUUGUAAAUCACUAUGUAUUUAGCCAACAGGACUGUUGUUUUGUUCUACGGGUAAUGGUGUGGUUACAGCAUUCAUUCAAAUCUGCUAUAUGGGUCUUGUGGCGUGCAAUGCAUAUUACCACCCACCUCUAAAGGGAAGCCAUUCAGACCUGAGUGUAAAAAGCUUUUUUGGCUUGUACAAGAUCAGUAAUGGAGACAAUGAUCAGAAAACUCUUAAUAGUCACUAAGGCAUCGACUUUAGCAAAGCCUUCAGUCAGUACCUGAAGAUGUUACCUCUACGUUGUUGUGUAUUUUUAUUUUGAAUUUUGAACAUUGUGAUCAUUUGUGUACCGUUAUUUUACAAAGCUCUUGUUGAAUUGUAUGCAUUUUAAACAUUGUGUCCA